AUGGAAAGGUGUUCUGUGUUUGACGACUCGCUGGCCCUUUCGCAGAGACCUGGUUUGAUUGUUUUACAAAAUGAUGAUAUCCAGAAGGACACUACGGCUGAAGCACCUUGGCAGCCAGCACCGCAGCGCAACUGUGAAAUUAUCCUGAAACGGCUGUGUCAGGCAAACCAGAGGCAGCUCUUGAAAACACCGGCUAGUGGUCCAUCUUUGUUUGUGGCUGUUGAGACUACAACGGUGUAG